ACACGCCUCCACAUAAACCGGAAGUCCAGCGAAGAGCAAAAGUAGCUUGUCGUCAACAAGUUGAAGAAGUUGCCGUUUUGUUGGAAGUCCAGUAAAUAAACACAACAUGUCGGGAUCUUCCAGCAUCGUGGCGAUGAAGAAAGUCGUCCAACAACUGCGACUUGAAGCGGGAAUAAACCGAGUCAAGGUCUCCCAGGCCGCGGCCGACCUGCAGCAGUUUUGUCUUCAGAACGCCCAGCAGGACCCGCUGCUGACUGGCAUGUCGUCCAGCAACAACCCCUUCAGACCGCAGAAAGUUUGCUCCUUCCUGUAACUUCCGCCUUGUAUCUUCAGUGUGGUGUUGGUGGAUUCUACUUCAGCUUCUGCGGACCAAAAUGUCAUCAAGUCAUAAAGGGAACAAGCAACAGCUUUUUGUUAAGCAAGCUAAAGUUUGACAAAUACGAGUCUUUCAUGUUACACCAACUAAAUACUCCCACUAGUGCCUUGUACAGUUUCUCAUGUCUGACUUCAACUAUAAAUGAUUUUCACAUUUCCUGGUUUUGUCACCUCUACUUUUGUCAGUAACAGUAUCAACAAUGAGGUUAUGUUGUAUCCAUGCAUAGUAUUGAAGUGCGAUACCACUUAUUUUCUCUCUGAUCUGAUAUCAAGUAAAAUUCAGGCUACUGAUUCUACUUUGUGCAAACAUACAUAACAUGUGUGCUAAGAUUGAAAUAGUUGUAUCAUGUCUAAUGUAAUGACCAUUCUAGGUCUAAGACUACAUGUGACCAUUCUAGGUCUAAGACUACAUGGGACCAUUCUAGGUCUAAGACUACAUGUGAUCAUUCUCAGUCUAAGACUAGAUGUGACCAUUCUAGGUCUAAGACUACAUGUGACCAUUCUAGGUCUAAGACUACAUGUGACCAUUCUAGGUCUAAGACUAGAUGUGACCAUUCUAGGUCUAAGACUAGAUGUGACCAAUCUAGGUCUAAGACUACAUGUGACCAUUCUAGGUCUAAGACUACAUGUGACCAUUCUAGGUCUAAGACUACAUGUGACCAUUCUAGGUCUAAGACUAGAUGUGACCAAUCUAAGACUACAUGUGACCAUUCUAGAUCUAAGACUAGAUGUGACCAUUCUAGAUCUAAGACUAGAUGUGACCAAUAUAAGUCUACGACUAGAUGUGACUAAUAAAAGGCUAAGACUAGAUGUGACCAAUCUAAGACUAGAUGUGACCGAUAUAAGUCUAAGAGUAGAUGUGACUAAUAUAAGUCUAAGACUAGAUGUGACCAGUCUAAGACUAGAUGUGACCAAUAUAAGUCUAAGACUAGAUGUGACUAAUAUAAGUCUAAGAGUAGAUGUGACCAAUCUAAGUAAGACUAGAUGUGACCAAUCUAAAUCUAAGACUAGAUGUGACUAACCUAAGUCUAAGAUUAGAUGUGACCAAUAUAAGUCUACGACUAGAUGUGACUAAUUUAAGUCUACGACUAGAUGUGACUAAUUUAAGGCUAAGACUAGAUGUGACUAAUAUAAGUCUAAGACUAGAUGUGACCAAUCUUAAGUUUUAGACUAGAUGUGACCAACCUAAGUCUAAGACUAGAUGUGACCAAUCUAAGUUUUAGACUAGAUGUGACCAAUAUAAGUCUAAGACUAGAUGUGACUAACCUAAGUCUAAGACUAGAUGUGACCAAUCUAAGUUUUAGACUAGAUGUGACCAAUCUAAGUUUUAGACUAGAUGUGACCAAUUUAAGUCUAAGACUAGAUGUGACCAAUAUAAGUCUAAGACUAGAUGUGACCAAUCUCAGUUUUAGACUAGAUGUGAUCAAUCUAAGUCUAAGACUAGAUGUGACCAAUCUAAGUUUUAGACUAGAUGUGACCAAUCUAAGUCUAAGACUAGAUGUGACCAAUCUAAGUUUUAGACUAGAUGUGACCAAUAGAAGUCUAAGAGUGGAUGUGAAUAAGUCUAAGACUAGAUGUGACUAAUAUAAAUCUAAGAGUAGAUGUGAGUAAGUCUAAGACUAGAUGUGACUAAUAUAAGCCUAAGACUAGAUGUGAUUAAUUUAAGUCCAAGACUAGAUGUGACCAAGUCUAAGACUAGAUGUGACCAAUAUAAGCCUAAGACUAGAUGUGACCGAUCCAAGUCUAAGACUAGAUGUGACCGAUCUAAGACUAAGACUAGAUGUGACCAAUUUAAGUCUAAGACUAGAUGUGACCGAUCUAAGUCUAAGACUAGAUGUGACCGAUCCAAGUCUAAGACUAGAUGUGACCGAUCUAAGACUAAGACUAGAUGUGACCAAUUUAAGUCUAAGACUAGAUGUGAUUAAUCUAAGUCUAAGACUAGAUGUGACUACUAUAAAUAUAUAUUUGAACUGUGACCAAAGUUCAGUGGAUUCAAAAAUAAAAGCACCUUCAUAAAGUUAUGAUAUAAUUGAACAUGAAUAAAGGUAUAUUAUUAUUUUAUUCUUACAUGGGAAAAAAUAACAGUCAAAAUGUAAGAAAAAAAACAUGGAUAUGUCAUGAGAAAAAGUUGUAAUUAAUAAUAAUAUACUUAGUCACAUAUAAUACACAAUAUCUGUUUUUAAUAACCAACAUCAACAUGUCUCCUGCAUACUUUCACUUGUUUUGGUGGAAAAAGUAUCAACUUAAGUAUCAAUAUUUUAAUGUGAGGAUGGAUAUUAGAGCAUAAACAUCUGGUAUCGGCAGUGUGGAUAUUUCAGUAUCGAUCCACACACCACUAAUGUUUACGUGUGAACCAACAGCUCGCGCCAAACGACUUCUAGCAAGUCAGAGCUUUUUUCCUGUCACUCCCGCACAUAUGCAGCUGAGACAUACCUGCUGCACCUUCAGUCCUGAGACAUUAACGAUGUAAUUAGUCAGGAAGAAUUAGUUUUAUAAUCAUCUUCACAUCACUAUCUCACUUUUAGGGAAUCAAACACAAAGAAGACACUUUUUGAUGAGUGAAAUCAUCUGUUUUCACUUUCAUUUCAUGGCUCAGUCGCUCACAGCACAACAUUUAUAUCGCGAUUGCUCCUCCUUUUCUUAGAUAACCAUGUUGGGCGAUCACUUCUACUUGGUGGAUUGUUUCCUGUCUUAUUUGGAGUUUGUUUUUACUAUGCAAGGUUCCAAAUGUCAGGAAAUGCUUUGUGAGAGGAGGAACAGCAAGACUUAAAUGAUUUCUUAAUUACUCCCACAAAUGUACACUGUGACUUUUUGUAUUUCAUCUAUAUUGUGAGGAGUGAUCGCAUUAAUUCAAAGACUACUUUAUUACUCACAAAUGUACACUGUGACUUUUUGUAUUUCAUCUAUAUUGUGAGGAGCAAUCACAUAAAUACAAAGACUACUUGAUUACUCACAAAUGUACAUUGUAACUUUUGUAUUUCAUCCAUGUUGUGAGGAGCGAUCGCAUGACUACAAAUACUAUUUUACAACACAAAUGUACACUGUGACUUUUUGUAUUUCAUCCAUGUUGUGAGGAGCGAUCACAUGAAUUCAAAGACUACUUUAUUACUCACACAAAUGUACUGUGACUUUUUGUAUGUCAUCCAAAUUGUGAGGAGCAAUUGCAUGAAUAAAAAGACUACUUAAUUACUCACACAAAUGUACACUGACUUUUUGUAUGUCAUCCAUAUUGUGAGGAGCGAUCGCAUAAAUACAAAGAUUACUUAAUUACUCACACAAAUGUACACUGACUUUUUGUAUUUCAUUCAUAUUGUGAGGAGCGAUCGCAUAAAUACAAAGACUACUUAAUUACUCACACAAAUGUACACUGACUUUUUGUAUGUCAUCCAUAUUGUGAGGAGCGAUCACAUUAAUAGAAAGACUACUUUAUUACUCACACAAAUGUACAUUGUAACUUUUUGUAUGUCAUCCAUAUUGUGAGGAGCGAUCGCAUUAAUAAAAAGACUAAUUACUCACACAAAUGUACACUGUGACUUUUUGUAUGUCAUCCAUAAUGUGAGGAGCGAUCGCAUGAAUAGAAAGCCUACGUUAUUACUCACACAAAUGUACAUUGUAACUUUUUGUAUGUCAUCCAUAUUGUGAGGAGCGAUCGCAUUAAUAAAAAGACUAAUUACUCACACAAAUGUACACUGUGACUUUUUGUAUGUCAUCCAUAUAGUGAGGAGCGAUCACAUGAAUAGAAAUACUACUUUAUUACUCACACAAAUGUACACUGACUUUUUGUAUUUCAUUCAUAUUGUGAGGAGCGAUCGCAUAAAUACAAAGACUACUUAAUUACUCACACCAAUGUACACUGUGACUUUUUGUAUGUCAUCCAUAAUGUGAGGAGCGAUCGCAUGAAUAGAAGGCCUACGU